UAUAAAAGUAACACAAAUAUUUAGGGAAAAUUUUUGCAUACUUUCAAAGUUUAAUACUAAAAAAAUAAUUUCCCCACUCGAAAAAAAUAUAAGAUAAAUAUAGAAAAUCCGCUUAUAUCUAGUAGCCGAAUGGAUUAUGAAAAUAUGAAGUUAUUCCAAGUGUUUUAAAAAGAAAAUUAUAGUGUGUCGCGACUAAAAUUUUUGGAAUGUCAAGAAUGGCACGUAAAUAUAAAUCUCGGCGAAGAUUGGCAGCUGUUAGUUUUCUAUCCAACAUAUCUUUGGAUGGGUCAUAUCGUGAUACAAAUAAAUUACCAUUUGUAAUACAAAAUAAUACUCGUAAUGUUUCACAUGUGGAAGAUUUAACCGAUACUUGCUCAGAAGCACCAAAAACAUUUGCCGACGAUAAUUUAUCCGAUGAAUUAGAAACAUCAGCAAAUGAAACCGAACAAAGUUUACAAAAAGAGAAAUCAAAAUCAACAUCACUAUUAAAAUUAAAACGUAUUCAUGGUUCACGAACGUCUCGUUCGAGUAAUAUUAAAAAUUCAACUUAUGCUAAAAAUCCAGAAUUAAAUAAUUCAUUAUCAUCAGAUUCUGAUUCGAAUUCAACACCAUGUAAAGGAAUUUUAUCAAAUGACGAUUUACCAACGUUUAAGAACAGUUCAUUUCGUGACAGGACAAGUACAUUGAGUAGUAAUACUGGCCUAGAAAAACGACAGACUAGUUUACACAGUCGUAAGCGUAUAUCACAUCAAACGGUCAGCGAUUCUGAAAGACAUCAUAAUUAUAGUAGUAGUGAAAGUAUAGAUCCCGUCCAUAGUCGAUCAAAAGCGAGCCCGUCACCAGCAAUAGCAGAAGUAAAUCCAGUUCGAGAAGUUCGUGUUGUAAAACCUUCAAAAAGUCAUAAAUUUUUAGAAGAACGGCUUGUACUAGCUACAUCGAAUAGUUGUGUUCCGUUUUUAGUAUUUUCGUCCAUUCCUUAUAAUCGACCGACUCGUGCAUCCAGAACAGAUUUACGAAAAGAAACUGGAAGGCGAAGAAAUACUUCAGGAUCGAGACCUUUAUCUUCUAUUCACGAUGGGUUAGAUCCAUUUGAUUUAUUGGGAAUUGAAAAAAGUCAAGAUGGACAAGAAAUCUCAUAUUCACAAUUAUUAGUACCAUCGAAAUGUAAUAAUCGUGAAAAAAAUCCUUGUAUUAUUGAAGAAGACGAGGCAAGUGAUCCAAAUGAAAAUUCAAAUCCAGGAAUGAGCUCUCAAUGGACAAGUUCAACUGUAUCCCCACCUAUUGUAGAAAAUCAAAGAGAUGAUAAUAAACUAUCAACUUUAGUAUAUUCACCUAAAUUAUUAGACGAUCCUGAAUUUAUUGUGGGGAAACAUCGUACUUUACUCACAUUUACAUCCUAUAUGACAUCGGUUAUCGAUUAUGUUAGGCCUCAAGAUUUAAAACGAGAACUCAAUGAAAAAUUUAAAGAGAAAUUUCCUACAAUUCAGUUGACAUUAAGUAAAAUGCGAAGUCUUAAACGUGAAAUGCGUAAAAUAGCAAAAUCGGAAUGCGUUGGAUGUGAUCUUUUAACUGUUGCUCAAUCGUAUGUUUAUUUUGAAAAAUUAAUAUUACGUAAUUUAAUAAAUAAGGAAAAUAGAAAAUUAUGUGCUGGAGCCUGUCUUUUAUUAUCUGCUAAAUUGAAUGAUGUAAAAGGUGAAGGUUUGAAACAAUUAAUAGAGAGAAUCGAAAGUGUGUUUCGUUUAAAUCGAAAAGAUUUGAUUGGCGCAGAAUUUGCUGUAUUAGUUGCAUUAGAAUUUGGUCUUCAUGUACCAAAUAGUGAAAUAAUAUCCCAUUACCAAAGAUUAAUAUAUGAAUCCUGACCCACACCGGAUCAAGCCUUAACUCCUGUUUCGUUUAAUUUUUGUUUAAGUUUUUCGAUGUAUUGUACAAAUAGUGCUUAUUGAUUUUAUUUGUCUGUUGUGUUAUUUAUU